CACACAUGUGUUGACAAGCAUUCUAAAACAUAACCUAUACAAUUCUUUCUAACCUCACUUUUUACGUGUUCUACCAUAUUUUAUUAAUGGUUUUAUUAAAUCGUGAGGACGCGAAAAGAAAUUGACGAAAGUAGUUUGAAAAUUUUUAGAAUGCCAGCACCGUGCGUGGACAUUAUCGACGAUAUAGAAGAUUUAAUAUCUUCCCAAGACAUUACGCCGAAAGAACGAUAUAGCACACGAAAAAAUAUUACCAUUCGUUCGAAGCGUAAACAAUUUACACCAGAGUUCCCAGAACCUCCAAUUUUCGACAGCAUCGUGCCAGGGACUCAGACAAUCUAUUUAAAAACCUGGGGAUGCACGCAUAAUAAUUCUGAUAGCGAAUACAUGGCAGGCCAGCUUGCUGCAUACGGAUACAAGUUAACGGAAAAUAGGAACGAGGCAGACUUGUGGGUGUUGAACUCCUGUACAGUGAAGAGUCCUGCGGAGGACCAUUUUAGAAACGAAAUCGAGGCUGGAAAGAAACAGGGAAAGCAUGUUGUGGUUGCUGGAUGCGUACCGCAGGGCGCGCCAAAAUCGUCUUUCUUGCAAGGAUUGAGCAUGAUCGGCGUGCAGCAAAUCGAUCGUGUCGUGGAGGUGGUCGAGGAGACGUUGAAAGGAAACACGGUGCGGUUCCUGCAACAGAAAAAGGAAGCCGGUAAGAAAGUCGGUGGCGUCUCUCUGAGUCUGCCCAAGGUGCGUAGGAACCCGUUGAUCGAGAUCAUCGCUAUAAACACGGGCUGUCUGAAUCAGUGCACUUACUGCAAGACGAAACACGCGAGAGGCGAGCUGGGAAGUUACACGCCGGAACAGAUCAUCGAGAGGGCGACACAGGCGUUCGAAGAGGGUGUCUGCGAAUUGUGGUUAACGUCAGAAGACACGGGCACUUACGGCAGAGAUAUUGGCACCAGUUUGCCGGAAUUGCUAUGGAAACUCGUCCAAGUGGUUCCUGACGGAUGUAUGGUCCGCGUAGGAAUGACCAACCCGCCGUACAUCAUGGAACACCUGGAGGAGAUGAGCAAAAUCCUGAGACACCCGAAGGUCUACAGUUUCCUGCACAUCCCCGUGCAGUCGGGCAGCGACCAGGUGUUGGCAGACAUGAAACGGGAGUACACGCGCGCCAACUUCGAGCACGUCGUGAACUAUCUGCGCGAACGUGUCCCGGGGCUAACCGUGGCCACCGAUAUCAUCUGUGGCUUUCCCACAGAGACGGAGGACGACUUCGAGGAAACGAUGAAGCUCUGCCAGAGGUACAAGUUCCCGAGUUUGUUCAUCAAUCAGUUCUUCCCCAGACCCGGUACGCCUGCUGCCCGAAUGCAAAGCGUGCCCGCGCAACAGGUGAAGAAACGAACGAAAAGAUUGUCGGAGUUCUUUCAAUCCUACUCGCCGUACGAUGGUAAAGUGGGGCUCGUCCAGGACGUGCUAGUCACGGAGGUAUCUCACGAUAAGAAGCAUUACGUUGGACACAACAAAUCCUACGAGCAGGUGUUGGUGCCCCUUAGGAAGGAAUACUUGGGGAAAAUGGUUAAAGUGGAAAUCGUAGAAACGACCAAGUAUUCCAUGAAGGGUGUACCGGUCAGCAAGGGUGUCUCUCCUUCGUUGAAACCGUGUUUACCAAAAGGAACCGUAUCCGGGAUUCCCAUGGAAAUGAAACCAUCGAAAUACAGGAUAGCGGCAAUCAUGGCCAUUUUUCUCGCUGUGAUUCUCAGACUAUUGUGGAAGUUUCUAGUAUUAUAGGAAUAACAAUUUGCUUGUAUUGUAAAUAAAUACAAUUAAAAGGUCACCCUUGUGCCCUAGUUUGUACUUUAAAUAAAAGGAAGGAAACGACGGUAAAUAAUUAGUUAAGUAUAUUUCAAUUGACAAAAUACAGGAACCUGCCCCGAGGGGGCUUACAAAAUUUCGUUAGAACGACACAGAUAUGCUAAUAAUUAUUUUCCAUUCGAACGAUAAUACCAAACAUAAUUUAACUUACUCGAUGCAUUCGAAACUAAUAAAACUAAAAUAAUACAGAAGAAAGAGAGAGCACGGGGGAAGGAGAACAUUGAGCAUUCUCGAAUUAGUACAUGUUUAAAAUAAAAAAAAAAAUCGUAAUUCUAAAAUAAGGGAUAAAAAAAAAAGAGAGAGAACACUUACUAGCUAGGUACUAAAAUAUUCGUAUUCGUAUUCGCUAAAACAAUACAAAACUUCUUAAUUUAUUGCAUUAACUACUCUUUUAUUUGGUAUCAACCUUCUCAAUGUUAAGGAUUUGCUUUCCGUUAAAAUAUAGCUUAAUCUAAAAACGCAUGUGGUUCCUGCCUUAGUAUCUCCUGAGUAUUCAAAUCCGCGGCUGAAAAUAUAUAACAAGUUAAAAGUGACGAAAUAAUUACUCGCAAAUGUUUAAAACGAAUCUCGAAGCCUGCCAAAAAAUCGGAUUUCUUCGCCAAUAAAUAUUUUCUUUUUUUUUUGUGCUGCGUAUAAAAAACGUUUCGUUGAAUUUUGAAAAUAGAAGAACAGAGCUUCGAAGUCGCCAAUAUCAAUAAAAUUGUUCCAGCGAACUGGCAUUUUAAAUUAUUUUUUUUUUCGCUUUACCGUUGUUAUAACUUUUCCAAUCUAUCGUUACUAUAAUACAUAAAGAAGACAUACUAAAACGUUAUUCUUUUAAUGAAUAUAAUUUAUUAUUCGUUCCUCGUCUAACUAUCCGC